AUGACAGGAGGAUCAAGUGAUUUUGAAUUUUGGGUUGAAAAAUCACCAGAGGAUCAUACAAUUUAUGACGAUUCCGGGGAUACUGAGGAUCAGUUCCUAGCUUGUUCUCCUCCAUUGUGGACAAGGACAUCAAGAAGCUUUCCACAUGAAGCUUAUCCUUUGCUUCCAUCCAACCACCAUCAUAGUUGUUCGUCUCCAACUUCAAGAAUACGGGCCACUGCCAAUGCGAGAAGGGAGCUCAUGGAGAUGAUUAAGGACAUCCCGGAAUCUUCAUAUGAACUAUCAUUGAAAGAUAUAGUAGAAGAUAAACUCAGCAAGGAGAAAGAGAAAAAUAGAACAAUAGUAGAAGAAAGGAAUUCGAACAAGACAAAAACUAGAAACUCAACAAAGAGUAAAACUGCAGGGAGAAGUCAAAUAUCAAGGACUCCGAGCAUGGAAAGUGGAGUUUUCCUUCUAAAGAUGCCCCUCCCAAUCCCUCUAAGUCCUAAAAAGAACUUGAAGGCAAGAAACUGCACAAAAAUUUCUCCAGGACCACCAUCCGAGGGAUCUGAGAAACACGCUAAUAAAGAUUGGUGGAAGAUGAUAUUUUCAUCCGUAAAAGACAGAAAUAAAACGUGUAAUAUCAGAAGAAGUUCAAGUGACAAAACUAGCAGCAAAACCAGUAUGGUUGAGAGCAACUUCAUGCCUCGACAGCUGUCCCUGACCAACGUGCAAGCAGCUGAUGGCCUCAAGGGAACUUCUCUCCAGACAAAGACCAUCCAGAAUUAG